AAAUAAUUCAUUAAUGAGUGAGGAGUGGAAGAAAAAAAAAAUAGAUAAUUUUGUCAUAUUAAAUAAAAUCUUAGGCAAAGGAACAUAUGGAACAGUCUAUUUAGGGUAUAUGGACACUGGAUAGAAUUAAGUUAGAAUAGCUGUAAAAACAGUACCAAUGGAUGUAAAUGAAUUAAUAAUGGUUAGUCUGUUAAGCAAUCUCCUUAAAUACUAAACUUAAUCAAAAGAGAAUCAACCAUUUUGAAAGCUGUCGAACAUCCUAAUAUCGUUCGACUCUAUAAUGCAAAUCGAACAUUAAAUUAUAUAUAUAUCUUUUUGGAAUUCUGUCCAGAUGGAGAUUUGAGAAGGUUUAUGUAGAGCAAGAAGGAAAAGCAUUUAUCUGAAGUUUAUAUUAUUAUAAUUCAUUUUAGUUAGAAGCCAUUAUAUUCUUAAAGCAUAUUGUUGAAGGAUUCAAAGAAUUAUUUUAAAAGAAAAUCAUUCAUAGAGAUAUCAAACCUGAAAAUAUUCUUCUCUCUAAUGGAAUUGCUAAAAUUGCUGAUUUUGGAUUUGCUAGAGUUAUGGAAGUUGAAAUGGAUGGUAUUCUGCAUUUUUUAUUUCUUUUGAAGAACCUGGAAAGUUUUCUAGAAAUGGUACUCCAAUCUAUAUGUCACCUUAAAUAUUAAGAGGAUAACCAUUCUCAGCAAAAUGUGAUGUUUGGUCUUUAGGAAUUGUCUUCUUUGAAAUGCUGUAUGGAAAAACACCUUGGCAAGCAGAAAGUUAGAUUUAAUUAGAAUAAUUGAUUUUAAAUAAACCACUCAAAUUUCCAACAAAACCUGUUAGAAGCUAAAAAGUUAAAGAAUUAGUUGCUAUGAUGCUUCAAAUUGAUGAAAAAGUAUUAUAUUUCUAAUUAACAUUAGGAUAGAUUAAGCUGGUAAUAAAUUUUUGAAAAUUAAGUUAUUAAAAUGAAUGAAGAUAUGGUUAGAUAAAAUAUGAAUGAUAUCAUGAAAGAAGAUCCAAUGACUAAAUCUAUGAGUCUAAAUAAAAUAUAUUUAGAUCAAUAUAAAGUUGUAGGAUAUUUACAUACUAAAAUUGAAGAUUAUAGAGAGGAUAGCAAAAAUGAUUUAGAAGGACUUAAAUAAAUGUUUGAUGAAGAAAAUGUAAUUAACUUUUUUUUAAUACAUUAGCCAGAUUUAAUUCUAUCUUAGUAUUAAAAAGAAAUGAAAAGAAGGGAAUCUUUUUAGAAAUUUUACACUUAUUAUCUUUUUGAAAGAAAUGUUGCUUUUUUUAUUAAUUAUACUUAGUUAAGAAUUAUUAAACUUUAAACAUUUGGUGAUAUUACUCUAAUCAAAGAACAAUUUUUAUAAUUAAUUUUUAUGUUAGCAAGAAACUAAUUAUUACAUUUAGAUAAAAUCAAUUCGGCUUUAAAUUCAAAUAAGCAUGAUUAAUUUGAUUAAGAAUUAUGGGGAAGAUUUAUUGUUAGCAAAGUACCAUUAUUUAAAAUUUUUUAGGAUUGCUCAAGAUUACUUACAACUAUUAAAAAUGAUAUUCUUAUAAUUAAAGAUGUAUUUAUCUAAGUCAGAGAAAAAUGCCCAUAAUUUUAACAAUUUUUUGACAAAAUAGAAAAUGUUAAAGAUUUUCUAGGACAAUACAAAUAAAUUAUAUCUAAAGUUAUUGAGACUCUUAAAAUGGCAUCUUCUUCUUCUUUUGGUAAGGAUGUUUAUUCUGGUAUAUAUUACUUGAAAAUUUGUUUGAAUCCAUAUGAUUUUUUCAAAUAAGUCGACUUUGAUUUCAAUGCAUUUUAUGAAGAAACAGAAAAUGCAUCUUUAGAAGAAUUAUUGCAUCUUAUUUGA